AGAGGGAUGAAAUAAUAGAGACAGUUUCAGCAAUUCGAUUUCGUGGUCGACAUGGUGCUUGUUCGGCAUAAAUAAUUUGACUCAGGCAUCUCAAUCUGCAACUAAAGACCGGGUUACGUUCAUUUUAACACCGGACAACGGAAACAGGUGAAGAUACGGAAGAAAGGAUGCUAAAACUGAGAAGAAAGGGGCAGUAGACUGCUAAUUGAGUGAGUGCAUGAAGAUAAAAUAGAGAGAGAGAGAGAGAGAGAGAGAGAGGUGUUUCCCCGAUGCUCGUGUCGCUUGGUUGAUUAGACUGUUUUGUUUAGGGAAUAAAAGUAAGUGAUCAACACAAGCCUUAUUAAAUCACAGACGUGCAAAUAGUCUAUACAAGAAAAAACAUGUUUGAUAAGAAAACAAGGAUGACAGUAACACCCAUGUAUAUAGCAGGAAUAAUUUAUUAGAGGGACAAGGGCAGAGGAGGAAUAUAGGCGAUAAAUAAAAUAAAUAUAUAUUUUUUCUGAUGCUAUUUUUAUAUCACUGAAGGAGCGGACCUACGCACCAUCAUAGCACAGUGAAGUUGCGCUGUCUUGAGCUGGCAGGUGUUGUAGCACGGACAUAUUACAUUAUUCAUAAACUAGCCAUUUUUACAGAAAAAUCUUAGGGUUAGGCAUUCAGCACAGUCGAUCGGGCCACACGCUGUGAGGAUCACUCCAAAACAUACUCAAUUCCAUCUCACAUUUUUGUGCAGUUUGUGCGUCCAUGUGUGUGUGUUCAAGAACACGCACACUGCACGCACGCGAACCGAGCCAGACCGAAAGCGAGCUCCUCCUACCCCCCUCCCCUCUCCGUUCUCUGACCAGCUCUCCCUCCCCCUGCUCCCCAAUGCUCAGUUCGGUGUGUGUCUCCUCUUUCAAAGGGCGCAAGGGUGGGAACAAGUCGUCCAACAAAGCAUGUUACAGCGCAGACAUGACUUGUCCGUCAGAAAGCGAGAAAAUAGUGAUAAACUGUGGGGGGAUUCGGCAUGAGACGUACCGCAGCACGCUGAAGACCCUGCCCGGGACCCGCUUGUCUUGGCUCACCGAGCCAGAUGCGUUCAGUAACUUUGACUAUGACCCCAAAUCUGACGAGUUCUUCUUUGACCGCCACCCCAACACUUUUGCGUUCAUCCUAAACUAUUACCGCACAGGGAAGUUGCAUUGUCCCAACGAUGUCUGCGGUCCUCUCUUUGAGGAGGAGCUCGCUUUUUGGGGGAUCGAUGAGACGGACGUGGAGGCUUGCUGCUGGAUGAACUACCGACAGCAUCGGGAUGCCGAGGAAGCGCUGGACAGCUUCGAGACGCCCGAGCCGGACCUGCCAGAGGACGACCCAGCACUUACGGGUGGUGCGGAUGGGGACUUGAAGAGGUUGUGUCUACAGGAGGACGGGCGGAACGCCAGCUGGUGGAGUACAUGGCGGCCCCGAAUCUGGGCGCUGUUUGAGGAUCCCUACUCUUCAAAAUACGCCAGGUAUGUGGCGUUCGGCUCGCUCCUGUUCAUCCUCAUCUCCAUCUCAACAUUUUGCUUGGAGACACACGAGGCCUUCAACACCAUCAUCAAUAAGACAGAGAAUGUGACAGUGGGGAACGUCACGCGGGAGGAGAUUGUGUUUGAGGUAGUGACUGACAGAUGGCUUACCUAUGUAGAAGGAAUGUGUGUCAUCUGGUUCACCAUCGAGGUGUUUGCCCGUGUCAUCUUCUGCCCAGACAAGGCCGAGUUCUUCAAGAGCACGUUGAACAUCAUCGACUUUGUAGCCAUCCUACCCUUUUACCUGGAGGUGGCGCUGAGCGGCCUCUCUUCUAAAGCCGCCAAAGAUGUGCUGGGCUUUUUGCGCGUGGUGCGAUUCGUCCGAAUCCUUCGAAUCUUCAAGCUCACGCGCCAUUUUGUGGGGCUAAGAGUGCUGGGCCAUACGCUUCGCGCCAGUACCAAUGAAUUCUUGCUUCUCAUCAUCUUCCUUGCUCUUGGAGUGCUCAUCUUCGCAACUAUGAUUUACUACGCCGAGCGCAUCGGCGCAGACCCGGACGACAUCACAGCAAGCAAACACACCACCUUCAAAAACAUCCCCAUAGGCUUCUGGUGGGCAGUGGUGACCAUGACGACGCUGGGCUACGGUGACAUGUAUCCAGAGACGUGGUCUGGUAUGUUAGUGGGUGCCCUUUGCGCCUUGGCGGGUGUGCUGACCAUCGCCAUGCCAGUGCCCGUCAUUGUUAACAACUUCGGCAUGUACUACUCUCUGGCCAUGGCCAAGCAGAAGCUGCCCAAGAAAAAGAAUAAGCACAUCCCACGGGCUCCACAGCCUGGAUCGCCAAACUACUGUAAACCAGACGCCUUGGCCAUGGCGACUGCCUCGCCACACAGGAUCAUGGGUAAUGUGCUGGGCAGUAUGGUGGGCUCUGGAAGCAUGGCAGGAGACUGUCCUCUUGCGCAGGAGGAAAUCAUAGAGAUUAACAGAGCAGACUCAAAGCAGAAUGGUGAUGCUGCAAAUGCAGCCCUGGCUAAUGAGGACUGUCCCACCAUAGACCAGGUGCUGGGGCCAGAUGACAGGAGUCCAGCCACUGGUGGAAUGGGAACAGGCACGGGGCGUGAGCGUUACCCCCAUGAUCGGGCCUGCUUCCUCCUCAGUACUGGAGAGUUCCGCACCACAGACAGCAAUGUCAGGAAAGCUGGUGGUUACGAGAAGUCCCGCAGCCUCAAUAACAUCUCGGGGAUGAUGGGGGCCCCUCUGCGCCUGACCCCCAUCACCCCCAUCAAUAACACGCCCUAUGAACCCUACGAGUCCCCUGGCCCCCUGCGCCGCUGCCGAUCCCCCAUACCAUCCAUUCUGUAGCACACCUUAGGGAACAACAAUAAUAUAAACUGAAAAAAAAAAAAACGUAGAGAUACACUAUUACAUCGCAAUAGUAUCAAUAAUCAUGAUAAUUAUGCUAAAUGCACCUCAGCUCCUCCAUUGACUGGACAGGACGUGGGGUAGAGAACAUUCUUUUUAAUAUGUCAUGCCUCAAAGGGGUCAGUGAAUUUGUUUAGGGAUUUAAAGCUUUAAGUAAUGAGCAUUUUCAAUAACUUUACAUAUACUUGAGGCAAUAUUUCAGACAGGCAACUAAAAACAAUUAUACGCUGUAACUUCAGCGAAUCAUGCCUUUUUAUCAAAGAAAAAAAGAAGCACUGGAUAUUAUUAUGGUAAAACCCUCACUGGUCCAUAGGCAGUGAUGAGCACCCUGUAGGAACUCUUCCCUUGUAGCUGAAUGUCAGUAGUUGGCUUUCCUGAUUGUAGGCUGUAAAAAACAAGGAGACCGUGAUCCAGCAGGCAUAUUCUGCGGCUGUGCUCUCCUUUAUACACCAUAAUAGGCCUUGAAGAAUUAAUUUCAUAUCAAAGCUUGGAAUGGUAAAGGACAUUGAUCACAGACAACAUGCAAGUAGUUCAAGUGCAUACAAGAAAAGACUUGAGGUAGGCAAGUAGAACAUAACUAAACUACCAAACCCCAAUUCCCUUUAACUGCUACAUGGAUAUGAUUGACUGAUUUUAACACAACUAAGCCCUGCAGCACAGAAUCAUUGUUGGAAUAAGACAGCUAAUGAAGUUAGAGAUGGAUGAGUUUGCCUGAUUUGACACUUAUGAAAGAGUUUUUUUUUAUUCUGGCCAUAAAACAUAAGAACAAUUAGUUGCCAUCAUUUAAUCACAUCCCUACAAAAUAUUUCCAACAACAUAAUUUGUUGUCAUUCAGUAUUUCAAAAUUUAAUUUGCAGGUGACACCGUUAUUAUCAUUAUGCUCUUUAUCAACCUCUGAAGUCUUAAAUUAAGAACUUAACUAAGAACAAAGAAAAUGCUUACACCAUUCUUGUGCAAUAUCAACUAUUAUGAAGACCUCAGAGGAGCUGCCAAUGAACCCUACAAGCAUUACUAUGAACUAUGAAAUUUGCCAACUGUUGUAAACUAACAGUGAGACUAAAACUGAACAUUACAAAAAAGGCUAUUUUUGUACUAUGCAUUUGGACAUUGGGAAUAGGAGUUGUGUGGGCAACUUUGAGUUGAAAUUUGCGUUGACAUUUUGGGAGGACAGAAUAUUGUGCUGUUGCAUGGAGAUCAACUAUUCACUUUUUGUUUUUUUGUAUUUUGGUGAUAACAUACCUUUCUGCAAAUUUGUCACAAAAACCACGAAAUGAAAAGAGCGCUGGCAAAAAAAGGAGAACCCAUCCUAUUAAGGGCCUAUAACCUUCUGCACUUCAACGGGACCCUUUCCAAUUUGUAUUCUAGUGGAUGGAGGAACUGCCUUUAAAAUAUCUCCUUUCCUUACUAUGGUACUUCCUCAUAAAUAUGAAGACAUCAAGCUGAACUGCACUCCUUACUGCAUAUUGCAUUUACUGGGGCUGUGGAGAAUCUAACAGUGACCUCCUGGUGUCCCUGUUAAAGGGCAAGACAUUUUUGGACCUUCAUUAUCAUCAUCAUUUGCAUUAUCCUUCCUCAUAAAGAUCAUUUUCUGAAUACUGUUAUUCCUAUACUUUGAAUGCAGUAAAAAAAAAAUCAGUUCUGUUUGUUUGUUCUCUUCGGUCCCCCUUCUUUUCUUUUUCCAUUUUUUACUUAUUUUAUUUAUUUAUUUACCUGCUCUGUCUCUUGGAUGCUGACCUUCGUUCCGAUAAAAAGGAGGGAACAUUGAAUGGAUGCUGGAUUGACAGCGGUCAGUAAGAGAAGAAACCGAAAAGAUGACAAAAUGAACUCUCUCAAAUGCAGAUAUAUGAGCCAUAUAUUUCACAGAUUGUGUCAAUCUGUUGCAACUUUGGAUGCACAGAUUCUAUACACACCUCUGGUGAAAAUAUCUCUGCAAUGGCAGCUCACAAAGCUUCUUGUUGUCUUUCUCUCCAUGUGAAACAACAGAAAAUCUGGGGUGUAAAUGACUUAACUUUAUUCAUUUGAAUAGUUUAACAGUUCAUCAGAAACCAAAGCAUUAUGUAUUUAUCUUUGUAUGAAUUUUAUUGUCUUGGAACUGAUAUAUUUUACAUACCCAUAACUAAUCAAUAAUUAUGUUUCAUCUGUAAUAAUUCAAUUCUUCUAAAUUAAGCAAUGGAAACAUUUUUGCAUUUAGAGUUGUUAUGUUUUCAUGUAUUUUUAUUAUUACUGCCACGUUAGCUACUACACUCAUAUUCACCUCUUCUCUUUCUCUUCCUCUCUCCUGUCCUCCUUAAAGAAUCUACUUCUACACUAUAAAAAUGUAAAGAUUCUCGAUACAUCAUUUGGUGUUCCUCAGCUGCCACAUUCAUGGAACCCUCUGGAGAUCCUUCAGACCCUUAUAGUUCUUGAGAAACAUACUCCUAACUCAUGCAAGAACUCUAAAGACUGUGAAUGGAUCCUUCAGCAACCCAAUCAUAAGGGAGAGGUUCCGAGACACUUAAAAUUAAUAUAUCGAAGUUCCUUAAGUACAUAAAUAGGGUUUUUCAGACUCUUUUAAAGGGUGGCUAGAGGUUCUCCAGAGGGUUCCGCCAGUGUGACAUCUGAGGAACCUCAGUGUUGCCUAAAGAAUAAUUUUUACAGUGUGUGAAGUAAUGGAGGUUGUUGAUUACAUGGAGCAUCUGCAUGGGGGCCGGAAACUCUGUGUGACACUGUGCUUUUUUGAGUAAAACAUCGAUCAUCAGUCGUUUGCAUGUGCACUACACUGUUUAUAUGUACAUGCUCUAUUUAAGGCCUCAGUAUUGUGGCACACAAAAGGAGAUGUUAGGCAGAAUGUAAACCUCAGUCUCCAUUUACUUUCAUAGUAAGGAAAAAAGAUGGAACUGAGGACAGUAUUCUGCCUAACAUCUCGUUUUAUCUUUGGGGAAGAAAGAAAGUCUUGUUGGUUUGGAACAACAUAAGGGUGAGUAAAAGAUGACAUAAUCUUUAUUUGUGGGUGAACCAUCCCUUUAAGGGAGGUGUGUAUAUUGAAGAUUAAGGAUACUCAGGUCAGAGUGAUCAGCAAUAUGAGAGAAUAUUCAGCAUGAACAUUGUUGCUGCUGAGCUGAAUAGAGAUCUCUUUAGAUCUGUAAACUGUCUUACAGGUUUUUGCAGUUAGGUAAUUUUUUGCUGUUUUUUUAAAGGGUGUUUCUCAAAAGUGUAUAUCAAAAGGUAUUGUAUCUUGCAAAAACAAGAAUGCAAGUGUACAUUAGAUAUUUUUCUUCAAUUCAAAAAAGAGGAGAUAAACAUACAGUAUCACUUGAUAUUUUUCGAGGGAGAGAAAGAGGUUGGCAUAGGGGUUAGUCACUAAAAUCCCUGCAUGGUUCAGGUCCAGUCAACACACUUUAUUCUUACCUUUUAUCUGUUUCACAUCCCUCUCCUCCUCUGCUCCAUUUCUCUUUGCCAUUCAGUGUUUUUAUGCUCUUUAUGAGCAUGUUUAGUUCAGGUCUUAAUGCUAUGUACAGUUUUGAAAAUUGACUUGUAAUUUCCACAUGCAUGUAUUUCUAUUCCGAACAAUAAGGAAAUUAUAAGUCUAUAUAUGACAAUUACGGGGGGUGUUUUGAUAAGAAAAUGUAUUUUACGAAAAGCUUUAUGUACAUGUAUGUUCAUAUGAGUGUGUACAUAUGGAUGUGUGUAUUCAUAUGCACAUGCAUAUUAAUGAUUUGCAUGAUACAAAUGUACAAAAGUUUAUUUUAUUUUAUUUGAUUGCUGUUAACAAUCUUUAUAUAAUUCCUGACUUGACUGCUGUGGGGGUUGGGGUUUAGUUUUGCAUGCUAAGAUACUAUUUAAUUGCAGAGACCAUAACAACUGUUUUAUAUUUAUUAUUUGUAUUGAAUGAGAUUUUGAAUGUGCUUUAUGUACCUGUUUUCUUUAUUUUUAUUUUCUCUGUUAGACAUUGCACAAAAGCAUUGCAAAUUGUCAUUUUAUGAUUUAUUCUUUUUCAUCUUUUCACAGAGAACUAUUCUGAAAGCCCAGUGCUUAUCAGAUAUAUGCAAAAAGAAGCAGUAACUGUGAACUAAGACUAGAACAGAAAAUCCACUUCUUCCUUCACAAACACAUUCCCAAAUGAACGCCUGGCCCCUGGCCCCUGUCUCCCAAAACCAGUAUCAACUCCUGUCCAUUCCAUUUGAGUUCAGUAUCCUCAUCACUCAUUCCCAAAACAUGACAUUAUCCAUCUUUUUAACUCAUUCUUUUGUAGUUUUGAAGACCAGAGCAUUAUUAAUGAGGAGAUUGGUAGUUACAUUACCCUUCUGAGUUCUGUUAACCUCUGCUCUUACACCUUCUGCUGGUUUUACGGGGGAUGAACUGAUGUAGCAUUCAGUAAUGUUGAUCACUAGCGCUCUUUGGUCACAUUAGAGGCUAAGAAUACAGACUUUAGCCCUUUACUUGUUAUACAUUAGAUUAAAAAGAUAAUUGUAGGCAUUUGUUUCAAUGGACUCGUGAUUUCCUGUUCUCUCAUGUGCAGUGAGUAAAAUCAGUCCAUAUAAUGCUGAUCGGGGGAGAGUGAAAGAUAACAAUGAAAAUAAUUGUGCUCACUACAGUAAUGCAUGUUCAAGAUAGCAAAAUUCUGCAUCCUCGUGCAUCUUGUGGUUUUCCUGUGUGUAGUCUGUUGAGGCAGAGUCGGGGUGAGCAGGGUUGGAGGGGACAUGACAAAUGAGAAAGGCCCGUCCCUAGUUAGCUUAGUAAGUGAACGCCUUGGUGAACAGAUAAAAGGCUGCAUGCGAUCAGGGAGGUCACUGUAAAUAAUUAUCUUGUACUCAGAUUGCAUGUUGAGGCAACAGCACAGAAACUAUUGUUUGAUUUAAGUGUUUUUAAAAAGUGUGGCAUUUCAAAUAGGGAGAGCAGGUCCGUUCACGUGCUUUGACUACAUUACCCAGACUCCUCUCUGUCUCGGUCAUACUUAUGCUCCCCUGUCACUACUCAGGUAUUUCUCUUUUGUUUGUCUAAACCAGUGCUUCCAAAAUGAUGUCAUUUUAAAACAAAGAGAGAGAAAGAGAUUGAUGAAUUAUAUGCAUCCUGUCUACGCAUGCACAUUUGUAAAUACGAAAUAGCCUAAUUUGUUUAAACUUAUCACUCAUUACAAGCCUUCCUUUUCCACAUUGUCCUUGUGCUCUUUAUUUCCUUUCCCAUCUGCAUUUGUCAUUUCAUGUGCCACUUUCAUUUAUUUUCAUCUGCAAACUCUACUGCUUCCAAAUAACCAAACAAAAAGCCUGGAUGACAUAAUGAGAAAUCAAGGAAAAAUACUCAGUCAUUUGUUAACUAACAUGGUCUGCUAUUAGUGGAUUACAAAAACUGUAAAUGGAAUCAGGACUCAAUCAAAUCAGGAGCUGAAAGCAUUCAGGGUCAGAUGGACAGAUUGUGUGUUUGGGGAAACGAGUGGGAGAGUAUUAUGAGGAUUUUCAACAAAUGAAGAAAGGCAUCGGGAAAUGGAGGACAGUUUGGGGAAGAAAGAAAAAAGAGAGGAGGAAGGGAGCUGAACGCUUCGCAGUUGCUGAGCUUCUGAACUGCCUCUUUUUUUGCUAAAGAACAUGGUCUGUCCAGAGGCAAACCCCAGGGUCACCACAGGACUAGAGAUGGCUCAGAGGAAGUGAAAGAGAGAAAACGAGAGAUGAACGGAGCGCUGCGUGAAACCCACUUGAAGAAAACAUGCUAUCACUCUUCUCUCCAUUACUAAUUCUGCUAUUUCAACCUAACAUUGGUGCAAUAAACUGAUGAAGAUUCCACGUCCUGGGAUUAUGUGGAACUCUACUAAUUCUUCCAACAGGGCCGGGUUACAAACUGUAGUAUGUCCUUGCACGACCCUUCAAAAACUUUUUUUAGACUAUCUGACGAGCAUUGUGGAAAAUACACCUGCAAUCCUGCAAAACAAGUGGAAAGCCCCUCAGAUCCUAAUCAGUUUGAAUCCAGUCUUAGAAACAAGUAAUGUGUGGAAAAAUGCCCAUUAUGCACUUCAACGCUAUGCAAUUCAUCCACACAUUCGAGUUCAUCAAAUGCUUAAAUCGAAAGAUUGUUCUCAGCCAAACCUUUUUCACUCCUUAACAUUUUUGGAGUUCUUGCACGUGCUUUAAAUAAAAAUAGACAACAGCGUCAUCGUUCCUACAUUGUACAGACGGUUCCCCAUCUAUUUAAUUGGAAAUCUUGUUUUGAGUGUCCUUCUCAGGGCUCGAAGAAACGUGACUUUGUCUACUAUCAAGAAACGAAAGUCAGCCUCUCUCUUUUCUCUCUCUCUCUUAGUUCAGCUCUCUGCAUUUCAUCAUUUCUGUUCCACUGUAGAUGAACUGCAUGGCAUGAAUGAAAUGAAAAAACAAACAAAAAAACAACAACAUUGAGGAGGAUGGUAGAGAUCAAAUAGAGAAGAACAAGAGACUUAAAGAGCAAAUCAUAAUCAGGACUGGUCUGUUUGCACAGUAAAAUGGCAAUAUGGGGUUAAUCAAACACGGUGACUCUGGAUCAGUUGAAUGAGGGAUUGGGUCAUGGAUUAAAAAAAUGCAUGUCUUUCACCUUCAUGCGGAGAACAGAAAAUACAGCAUAAGUGCAUGAAAUCUGUUGAAGGACAGAGGGGUUUUUAAGUGGACUGAGUGAACUUUGAACAAAAAUCCAAAAAAGAAAGAAAGAGAAAAUAAAAAAUGCAUUUUUCUCACUUUUUACCAGCAUGACUAAACUGCAUGACUUCUGCAAGCCCUGAACCCCAAAUUAGAGGGCUUGGAAUCACUAAACAACAAAAUCAAAUGGAAACAAUAAAAAUUUAUGCUAAAUGUUACUAAAUUCAGAAAAAAAUAUUCUAUUUAAAAAAGAGAGGCUCUAUAUUUUGUUUUUGAAUAAAAAAAAGAAUAAUGUAAAAAUACAUGUGAUUGCAAGGUUUACACAGUUUUGUUGGAUAAAAGUUAACAAACUCCACCACGUCUGAAUGAUGAGAUGAACUCAUACAACCACUACUGCUCCUCCCAUGGCUUCAAGUUUUACCCUUUACUUGAACUCUCCUGGCUCUCUGCUCUGCCCGUCACAGACUGUGCUGUGCAUUGCAUAUCCUCUCUUUACAUGGCAGCCUCCAGCAGUGGCACAACAGCUCCUCUGGAGACCUCCGACACCUACAGGGCUCUUUUCUUUGAAUGCUUGUGGGUCUGAAGUGCAAGGUGACUGCUUCGCCGAAGGGGAUUUUUAGGCUGUGGGUGUGGGUGAAUUUUUAUUUUUAUUUUUUGUAUCAUUUUCAUGUGUUGAUUUGUUUUCUUUAUUUCAUCCCACAUCUGUUCUGUGGGUAAAUCAAAGCUUUAUCCAUCAAAGUGAGUUGUGAGACCACCAAAUAUUAAUCUAAUUAAUAUUAGCUUUGUGUGAACAGAAAAUGUGAUCGGAAAUGCCAUUUCAGCAUUAAGACUCUGAGCACUUAUAUUGCAAAGCACUAUUGUCCAAUCAGGAAGCCAUAAUAUAAUAGCAGCACCACCAUUUGCGUUCAGAGGUGCUCAUGAGAACAUGCUGGUACAUUUAAAACCUGAAGAUGGUUUUGUAAUUCUUACGUCAUUCUGUUUGGUUUAGGAUGUUGUCAUAAGCCUUUAUUUGACAAUGUUUUUUUUGUUUGUUUUUUUCACUGAAUUGUUUGGGUGGUGCAGAAUGUGCCUCAGUGCUUGUUUGAGAAGAUUUUGACAAGAUAUUUUAUUUUCUGGAAAAUUUUACUGGAUUUUGUUACAAAAGUGUGCCAUUCCAUAUAUCAAAAUGGUCUUCCUGGUUAACUCGGCAACAGGUUUCUGAUGAGCAUAAUUCAGUGUGGGAAGACGGCUUGAUUCCAUCAUUACCACCUUUAUGUCUUCGAUUACUCGUGUGAUCAAAACUCUUGACUAUUUGUUUAUUUGUUUUACCAGCAAGAGAAGAACCGCUGAUUGAUUCUCUCAAGUUGGAAUUCAUGUUUAUGUUAAAUGAGUCUAUUUGGGGGUUUCAUUAUCUUUACAUUGAUUUAUGUCCCUUGCCUUGUAAAUUUUUUUAAACUAUGUUCUGUUAACCAUCUUAAUAUUUAUUUAUUUUCAUAAUUAUGCUAUCAGAAUAUAAUGUAAGCUUAGUUUAGUAACUACCUAUGCAACACCUAAACAAGACUUUAGCAGCUCACACACACACACACACACACACACACAUGCUUUGUCUUCAGGCCAGCUGGCUUGUGUCUGUUGUGUCCAGGGAGAAUAAAUAACGACACAAAUGUAGCUCUAUCACAGUUAGGUCCAGAGCCAGCAUUAUCUGGUGACUGUGCAGUGUAGAGAAGCUGUUACUUCAACCACUUCAAAUGUUAGCAGCUGGUCCACGUAGCUUGAAGGUGCAACAGAUGUGUGCAGCUGUAGUAGCCAUGUUAUUGUUUUUUUUUUAGCGGUGCACUGAAUUCACUCUCCUAUAGAUACUUUCUCACUUACUUAAAGUGUCAGGCCUGUUUUAUGUCUCUUUCGGCAAUGUCUCUCCUGUUUGUUUCAGGGUGGAAGAAAUACGCAAUGCAGGAAGAUGCUCAUGCACUUUUCAAGUUAAAAAUGACCAUCUAUAUGUGUGAAUAUAUUAAUCUCAGAGCAUAUUUGUAGGAUAUACUGUAUUUGUUACCAAAACUUUCAUCUUACAUCCUUAUUUAAUGUGUGGUACUCAGUUAGGAAACGUUUAUUUGCAUCUUACAAGCGUUUUCUGACUAGUUAUGACAACGUGUAUCACUCUAGUCAUUUAUAAAGUGCUACGGAUGCAGAUAUUACUGAGCAGUAUGGAGCAAUAAUGAUGGAACACCACCUUUUUCUCAUUGUUGAGUGUUGUUGUCAUUAGGAAUUAGGGGGCAUGUUCAUCUCAUCCCUAAUAAUAAAUCCAGUGUGCCUGAAACUGUUACCUGAAUGUUUCUGUAUGUAAAUCGGCCACAUCAGUUGAAGACAGCUCUGUCUGUGAAUGGUUCUUGUGUGUAAUGAGAUUUUGUGUGUUUCAAAUGUGAACUUGCUGAGUGAGACCACAUCCCCUUGAGAUGACUAACGGCUCAACACUUGCAUACAUUUACUUGAAACUCUAAUACGAAACAUAUCAGAGAGGAGCAGAACAUAGCCAGAAUCAGUCUUCACUCUCUCUAUUUCCUGUCUGCAUCCCCCUCUCAUCCCUGUUCCCUCUCCUUCUCUAUUUUUGAGAAAGAAGCUUUUUUGCAUCCCUUGUUCUUGUGUUGAAUUAUAAUGCAUGCAUGGAAUAAAAUGAGGACAUAACUUGUGAAUAAUUUGUGAAUGGCCAGAAUGAAGUAACCAUCUCUUUCACCUGGACUCUCUGCUCUGCUGCUCCUCUCUCUGAGACAGAAAAGGACUAGAAAGAAAGAAUAUAUCUAGCUGGACAACUGUUAAAGGAUUCAUUUGUCUAUUUUUCUUAAAAAUGUAGCCAUACAAAAAAAAAAAAAAAAAAAAAAAAAAGGUAUGGCUAUAUACUAGCCAAUCCAAAACAGUCUUUAAAGUUUAAUUUACUUGUUUAUAAUUUUUUUUUUUUUUAAAUAUACACGUUAUUUGUGAGUUUGGUGUCUGAUAUAUCCAUAGAAAAUAUCUGGAAGCCUCCACUGUAUCUAAUGCUAUUCAGCACUUCCUCAGACUCGGAGCUGAAAGAACAUAGAUGCAGCAGUUGUGAUGGAACACAUUUAAUGUAAAUGUCAACAUUUGGAAUUCAUUUCAUUUAGAAUGUGUCUGGACACUAGUUAUUAUUAUAGUAUAUGUAUGUAUAUAUAUAUAUAUAUAUAUACAGUGGUGUGAAAAAGUGUUU